GAGAAAGUAACAGAAAAUGGAAAAUCUCAGCUUCACUCACACUUCGAAUUGCACUCCCUCUCUCAUUCACACUUACAUAUAUUGUGUUUUGUCAUUAUCCUUGUUGUUUGACCAUUUCGACUUCACAUUUCGAAUCAGACACGUCUUUUCGUUGUUUAUUGUUGCUGGGAGCCGAAUAUCAUUUCCCUUUCUGCCUAAUACCUGCCUGUUAAGAUCAGAGAUGUUAUUAGUUAUAUUAAUGUUAAUGAUGGUUCCUUACAAUUCAGCCCUUGUUGAACUUAUCGAUAUAUUCCCUCUUGUGGGUAUCGACUUUGUAACCGUUGGUGAAAUUGGUAUAAUAUGUGUCUAUGAUGUGCCAAAUCUUGUUGAGUUUUUUCUGGUGCAAAAUCAAAACCAUACCGUUGUAAAAUUUAAAUACAAGAAGGGUGUCUAUGAGAAAACAAUCAUGCAGGAAGGUUUCGACUGUACUGAAAUUGUAGGUGAUAAAGGUCAGGUUUUAUGCUGGAAUUACAAUCCCACUUGCGAGGAUGCGACAUACUACACAUGUGAAACACCUUUGGAAUCUUCAAAACCUAAACUUCUGAAAGCAAAAUCUUUCAUGAAGAAUCUGGAACUACUUAACCCGCCCUUUGAAGAGAAUAAGACAUCGAUCUUCAGAUGUACAGCAUAUGUCGGUACACCUUUUGGUCGUCAUGCCUUUGUUUGGAUUGACGACACUUAUAGCGGCAAAAUUAGAAAUCAUCAUUAUGUGAAUGUUUCAACUAGUGACAAAUGUUAUGUUCUAGCAGAGUCAAUUCAUAAUUUCACUGUAAAACUGGACGACCUUGAUAGCUCAGUCAUCUCAUGUGCAGUGUUUGACAACAUACUUCAUAUACCAAUUACCUCAAAAGGAAAGGUGCACACACUGACGGAACUACAAGGUACUCCAGGAAAUCUGCCGCCAACAAUCGGACACACAGAUAAUGCAGAUAAAUUGAAUGGUGCGGAUAUGAUUACUAAAAUUUUAACUUUUGCCGCAAUCCUGCUUUUUAUGGGCAAUUUUCCUUAAGGGUCGUGCAAAAAAGAAAACAAAAAAUAACAGAAACAACUCGCUUACUGCCUGAUUCAGCGAAUCUUUCAAGUAACAGCCAACUCACGUUUACCCCGGAAAUAAAUAUUUGACGCUACACUAUACAUUGAGUGCUUUUUCCAGUUACCGCUCGUUGUUUUCUGAUGCUGAAAAUAUUAUAUGAAUAUGUGUGAUUGUAUGUGUGCGAUAUAUAUAUGCGUGUACAUACGUGCCCAUACAUAUGCAUCUAAAUAGAUAUAAUAAAACAAAUUUUCACCUAUAA